CUGGCACUGGUAUAGACCCAGUUGCCAAUCGGGAUCAAGCAUUUGGUAUUCUUAGAGGGUGUCUAUAUGGUAUAGGUGCUCUUCGAGAACGCACUAUGGCACAGAUGAAUACUAGUAAUAGCUUUAGAAAUCCUUCAAUUGCCCAUAACUAUGCAAAUACUGCUGGUAAUAAUAUAGUAACCGUAGGUUUGUCUCCAGACUUGGAGGAUGAUGCGGAACGCAUUAGUACUGAGCAACCAUUAGCUGAUCUUUUUGAAAUUUUAGAGCAAAUUGAAAUGCGAAGAGCAGAGAAAAAAUUAGAAUUAGUUAGUAAAAUACCCCAGUCUAGUUAUAAAUUAUCAUCUAAAUUAAUAACACCUACACAAUCCCAAUUUCAAUCCAAAAUCAAAAAAGAGAAAGCAAAGCUUCAAGCUAGAAACCCAUUCAAGCCUUGUAAAAGAGACCAGAAAGAGACUCCCAAUUCUGGUAAAUCACGAAAUAAAUCCACCAUUAUUGAUAAAUCUUUUCAGAGAGUUGUACUAGAUAUGCUUGACGGCAUUGCAUCUGUAGAUUGGAUAGAAAAACUCAAAGCUAAAAUUGGCACUAAUAUGCCAGCUCAUGUUGAAAGUUUAUUUACUUCAGCUCCACCUAUUCAAAAAUCUAAUUUUA